AUGCAUGAAAGGCUAAUUGAUAUAAUCGAUAAGCCUGCUGUAACGGCCCCAGUUCCUAAAGAGGAUGGAAGUAUUGAUAAUGAGGCAACCAAGGCUUAUGAGAAGUACUUGAAAAAUUGUCUUACUGCCAAAUGCAUCAUUCUGGCAUCCAUGGGUUCUGAUAUUCAAAGGCAACAUCAGGAUAUGGAUCCACCAACUAUUAUUGAACAUCUUAAGAAGAUGUAUGGUGCACAAAGUAAGACGGCCCGAUAUCAAUUGUCCAAAAUUUUGUUUAGAUCUACACUUGAUGUGGACUCUCCUGUUGGACCCCAUGUUCCUAAGAUGAUUGAUCUUAUUGAACAACUUGAGAAGUUGGGAUGCAAAUUGGGCAAAGAACUUUCAUAA